AUGCACUCUCCGCCCGCCUUUCGAGCAGCUCUCCUCUGCCUGCUCUUGGCGUUUGUCGGAGCUCGUGGUUUCAUGGUAAUCGGUGCGGGUGGUCUGAUAGGAUGGUCCCCUGAGACCCUGGAGAGGGGAGAUGGUGAUCCUGGGCGGGUUUCAGAAACACCAGCAAAAGAGCAUACUGCCGUGUCAAGCGCGGCAGAUUGGAUUGCUGCAUCGUCUUUCAACAACCAGAAGAUACUGAACAUAGCCGCACCAUGCUCUGAAAGCACAUCCCACUGUACUCGUGAUCUCAGACCUUUGAUCGUACACGAUAAAGACAGCGACCAGCGUGCAAGCUACCCCGCCGAUCUCGGUGUGCAAGUUGGAUUCACAAGCGCGGAUACGAAGGUGUCGGUUCUCGCGGUAGGGUUGUUCGGUGCGUGCAUGGCUUACUCGAAGGUUGAACUUGUGGGCAAGCGGGCGCGCUCCCGCAUGUUCUGGCAUGCAGCGACUUGCUUGUGA